AUAGCACUACGCACAAUCAUUCUGAAUCAUUUUUCUCUUCUGUUCUGAUUUUGUUUUCUGCAGAAGAGAAAUCAAAGAGAUUCGCAUUUUGAGAUUCUUCUCACUUCUCUGUUUUCUUCUAUUAAUCAGAUCAACAGAUUGGAACAGGAGCAAGAGAGCAAGAGAGCAAGAGAGCGAGAGAAGCCAAAAGUGCUCCAGAGAGAAUGGCAACGGAAGAGAAGUGGUGUGUAGUGACCGGAGGAAGGGGUUUUGCUGCCCGACAUUUGGUGGAAAUGCUGAUCCGGUCUGGGAAAUGGUCAGUUCGCAUUGCAGACUUGGGUCCUUCUAUCAAGCUCGAACCCAAUGAAGAGCAGGGAAUUCUUGGGGAAGCUCUUAGAUCUGGAAGUGCUCAAUAUGUGUCUGCUGACCUUCGAGACAAAGCCCAUGUAAUUAAAGCAUGCCAAGGUGCAGAGGUUGUUUUUCAUAUGGCUGCCCCAGAUUCAUCUGUCAACAAUCACCAGCUCCAUCAUUCAGUCAAUGUAGUAGGAACUAAGAAUGUUAUUGAUGCUUGUAUUGAGUGCAAAGUAAAGAGACUCAUCUAUACAAGCUCUCCAAGUGUCGUCUUUGAUGGGGUUCAUGGAAUAUUUAAUGGGGACGAGUCAAUACCUUACCCACCUAAGCACAAUGAUUCUUAUUCAGCAACUAAAGCUGAAGGGGAAGCACUAGUUAUCAAAUCAAAUGGAACAAAUGGGCUUCUAACCUGCUGUAUACGGCCUAGUAGCAUUUUUGGUCCUGGUGAUAAGCUGUUGGUUCCAUCUUUAGUUGCUGCUGCAAGAGCUGGGAAAUCUAAGUUCAUUAUUGGGGAUGGGAACAAUAUGUAUGAUUUCACUUAUGUGGAAAAUGUGGUCCAUGCGCAUAUUUGUGCUGAGCAAGCUCUUGCAAAUGAAGGUGUGGUCGCAGAAAGAGCUUCAGGGCAGGCAUAUUUUGUAACCAAUAUGGAACCAAUAAAGUUUUGGGAGUUUAUGUCACUUAUUCUUGAAGGUCUUGGCUAUGAGAGACCUAGAAUCAAAAUCCCUGCCUCUGUUAUGAUGCCGAUGGCAUAUAUAGUAGAGCAGACAUACAAGAUGUUUGCCUCAUACGGGAUGCGGGUUCCACAGCUGACACCUUCUAGAGUUAGACUCCUCUCAUGCAGCAGAACUUUCAAUUGUUCAAAAGCGAAGGAUCGACUUGGCUAUACACCUAUUGUCCCACUUCAGGAGGGUCUGAAGAGGACAAUCGAAUCAUAUGCACACUUGAGAGCUGACUGUUGGCCUAGAAGAGAUGGACCAUCUAAAGCUUUUAUAUAUCUUGGAAGUGGAAAGGUUGCCCACACACUUCUCUGGAAAGAUAAAAAGCAGUCUCUUACAGCAGUGCUAGUCCUGAUCGCCUUCUAUCAUUACUUCAUUGCAUCCGGAUAUACCAUCAUCACUGCAGUCUCAAAGCUUCUCAUGAUGGCAUCACUCUUCUUGUUUGUCCAUGGUGUUCUACCAUCAAAAAUAUUGGGUUAUACCAUUGAGAAGAUCCCUGCAUCCAAUUUUCACUUUCCUGAAGAAGCAGCACACCGUUCUGCUCUGGUAGUAGGGUCCACAUGGAAUUCUGCAGUUGAUGCUCUAAUAUCUCUUUGCAAAGGGAAGGAUUGGAAGCUAUUCAUUAAGGUUGUUUUCUCUUUAUUGAUGCUCAGCUUCCUUGGGGCCACAUCCCUUCAAAGAGUGUUUGUCAUAGGAGUGCCAUUUGCUUUCAUAGCUUUCUGUGUGUAUGAGAAAAAGGAAGAGGAAAUUGAUGGUUUAAUCCAUGAAACUGUCUCAUUCUUUUGGAAACUGAAAUCAAAGAUCACCAAGAAAUUUCUGGCCUCCAAAUGAUUCAGUGUGAAAGUGGUUUUUGAACCAGCAUCGAAAGUGAUUUUUGACAUGGACUGUGGGUCUCAUUACAUGAUAUGUAAUGUGGCUAUGUUGUCUCUGUGUUGCUAAAUCUGUUGUGUUGUUUUGGGACCCCAUAACAUAAAUGUAAUGGCUUUUCACAUGGGUUGGAUGGUAUAGCUCAAAUGGAAUGGAAUAAGAUGUCAUGAUGCUUUUUUUGAGUGA